CCGAUUAGUUUUCAUUGGAAUUUGACGCCACAACGAACGUCUAAUCGCGUCACCUCAAGAAUCAUGACACCAGUCUUUGCAAUUGGAUUACCACUGAUGGCACUUAUAAUUUCAACAUUUGCUAUCGAACGAAACAUUGUGUGCUAUUACGGAACUUGGGCUACCUACCGUAACGAAGCGGGUCGUUUCGCAGUAGAACAUAUCGAUCCGUUCCUGUGCACGCACCUCAUCUAUGCCUUCGUUGGAAUUCACCAGAAUGGAACCAUCUCGAUACUGGAUCCUUGGCUGGACUUGGAGGACAACUGGGGUUUGGGAACGAUGCGGAAGUUCAACGAUUUAAAGCUGGUGAACCCGAGGCUGAAAACUCUGGUUGCGGUUGGUGGCUGGAACGAGGGCUCGCAAAAAUUCUCAACCGUUGCCCAGAGUCCGGCGUUGAGGUUGCGAUUCGCGAAAGAUGCCGCGGAAUUUUGUGAACGGAUGGGAUUCGAUGGACUCGACGUAGAUUGGGAGUACCCUGGCCAGAGGGACGGAGACCCAAGCUUUGAUCGAGAAAACUUUGUCAAAUUGCUGUCGGAUUUGAAGCAGGAAUUCUCCAAUCGAGGACUGCUUCUGACUGCUGCGGUGGCGGCAGCGAAGAACUCGGCAGCUAUUUCGUACAACAUUUCUGGGAUUUCGACACAUUUGGAUUUCAUAAAUCUAAUGACGUAUGAUUUACACGGUCCUUGGGAAUCUGUAACAGGCCACAAUUCGCCUCUCUUUGCUGGUUUAAAUGACAAAACAGAAGUUCAACGUCAACUGAAUGUGCAAGCUAGUGUUAGCUACUGGCUUCGUCAAGGUGCUCCUGCCGAAAAGCUUAACCUGGGGGUAGCAUUCUACGGAAGAUCAUUUACGCUGCGAAAUGUGGGAGACAAUGGGAUUGGAGCUCCCGCUGGUGGACCUGGCCAUGCUGGACCGUACACGUACGAAUCGGGAUUUCUUGGUUACAAUGAGAUUUGUGAAAAGCUACAAUUUGAGAAAUGGAACCAUUGCUGGGACAACGAGCAACAGGUUCCUUACGCGUACAGUGCGAAUCAAUGGGUUGGCUACGACGACCCAGAAAGCGUUACAUUGAAGGCCAAUUUUAUCAAGCGAUACGGAUUGGCCGGAUCAAUGGUGUGGUCAAUCGAAACGGAUGAUUUCCACGGCAAAUGUGGUGAAAAGUUUGCCCUGCUCUCAACGCUCAACAAGGGAUUAGAGUUUGACGAGGUGACUACUACAACCACCAACGAACCAACUACUAUCAGCACUUCAACGCAUCACCCUGAAAGCACUAGCACAACGGAAGAAGGAACCACCAGCACCUGGACAUCAACUAGUACAACUACUGAGGAAGCUGGCCCGAUUAAAUGUUUUGAAACUGGAUACUUUCGAGAUCCGGAAGAUUGUUCUAAAUUUUAUUUCUGCGAGGGUGCCACCUUGCAUAGUUUUCAGUGUCCGGCAGGAUUGUAUUUUGAUCUUUCGAUACUUAGCUGCAACUAUCCAGAAAGGGUAGAAUGUUAAAAUCAAUAUUAAUUGCAAUGAUGAAGCCAAUUUUUUUUUUAUUACAAAAUAAACACAUUCUUGCACUGAUAGGAAA